AUUUUUUUCCUAGUAUAUAACUUUAAUAUUUCGUGAUAGACAAUGUUGACCAAUGUUUACGUCACUUUCUCUAUACUCCAUAACCAAACGUUUCCAUAGCAACAUCUUCAGAGUACAUGGAGUUUCUGCAGUGGGACAGUCAGGAUGUUGCACGAUGGGUCACGUCCAUAGGAUUUCCACAAUACAAAGAGUGUUUCACCGAGAAUUUCAUCACUGGAAGGAAGCUCAUUCAUAUAAACUGCAACAACUUGCCAAAACUCGGAAUCACAGAUUUUAAAGACAUGCAGGUCAUCUCUGCUCGUGUACGUGAGCUACUGGGGAUCACAGAGACCCCGUGGAGUCGCAGCGUCGCAGACCCCCGGUGGGACACCAUGGCCCUGUUCUUGGUAAAAAAGAGCCGCAUCGGAGUGCGUGCCGAGGCCCUCACCUUCCAGUCCUUUCUGUGUGACUUGAAUAGUGGAGUCUCAACACCUGAGGAGCAAAGAGGGAGACGGGGAAAAAAAAAACUAAACAAACAAAAGCAUUGCAGCGUCAUUGAUAUCACCAACUGUCAGCUGACGAUCACACAGAUGAGACACUUUUCAGUAGGUCAGAGACAAGCCCUGACAUUAACACUUCCCAGCAGUAAAAUGCCACCAUCGACCAUGUGGCUGACAAACAAAAGACAAUAAAAUGCU